AUGGCACCCCAAGAUACUUUCAUCGAGGAUGAGGACGACACAUGUCCCCUGUGCAUCGAAGAAUUCGACCUCUCAGAUCGAAAUUUUCGGCCAUGUCCGUGUGGAUACCAGAUCUGCCAGUUCUGCUUUAACAACAUCAAGCAGAACAUGAAUAGUCUUUGUCCGGCAUGUCGACGCCCAUACGAUGAGAAGUCCAUACAAUGGAAGGUCGUCACGUCUGAAGAAAUCGCCGAGUUUCGUUCCAACAUCCAAAAGAACCAAAAGAAAAGAGCUGCCGAGCAGCGGCAGAAAGAGGUUCAGAAACGCGAGGCUGAGAAAGAGAAUCGAAAAAACCUUGUUGGUGUGCGGGUUGUUCAGAAGAAUCUUGUCUAUGUGACGGGAUUGAAUCCGACCGUACGCGAGGACGAACUGUUGAAGACGUUGCGGAAACAGGAAUUCUUCGGUCAAUAUGGCAACAUACAAAAGAUAUCCAUCAGCAACCGCAAGAGCCCUGACGGUUCUCCCUCUCUUGGAAUCUACGUCACCUUUGAAAAGAAAGACGAGGCGCAGCGGUGCAUUCAGGCUGUCAACGGCUCCGUGAACGGAGAGCGGACGCUGAAGGCACAGCUAGGUACCACGAAGUACUGCUCUGCUUGGCUUCGGCACGAACAGUGCACGAAUCGGCAAUGCAUGUUCUUGCACGAGUUGGGAGACGAAGAAGACAGCUACACCCGGCAGGACCUCUCAUCAAUGAACAGUAUCAACACCCAGCGUCCUCUGAACUCGGCUUCACGAUCGGCGUCGAGACAGCAGAGUCAUCCAGUUGCGGUUCAGGUCGCCACUGUUGCUGCAGCACAGCCCAUGGCACGCACCGUAAGCAAAGAUGGCUCAGAGAACGAGGAUGCGUCGGCGCUGCCCUCGUCUGCAAAUUGGGCGAGAAAUACCCAGGCUCGAAGCAGGCGCGGCAGCUACGCAACAAGCGGCGCUGCUACUAGCCCGGCCGUCUCCAUGUCACUACCGGUAACUGCCGAAUCCGUCCAGGAAUCUAUCGAGUCUCCGAUUCAAGAGGAAGCUGUUCUUGCGCCCGGAACUAACCCUGCUCAAGUGAAAGUGAAAGCAACCACCGACACGACUCUCUCCAAGGCUCAAGAUGCAAAAACCAAGAAAGAAAAUGACGCAUUGACCAAGCUCUUCUUGAGCCUUGUACAGGCGAUGGAGAAGUGCAGCCUUCCGUCGACUUUCCUGCUCGAUGGAAUCACACUGGACGCGCACCCCCCUCUGUUUGACCCACGUGGAGGCGAAAAGCGUCGGGCUCUACGGGAUGACGAGAGCCGUCUCGACGUGGAGCAAGAGGAGCAGCCGGCCGAAGCCCGAGAGCCGCUUGAAGACGAACCGGAGAGCAGUGGCAGCUUAGCAUUGGGCGGCGAGCCUGAGGACCGCGAGCAACGCCGUGUUGAGCACACCUUUGACCAGCGACGUGGCGGACCGCCACCACCGCUUCAGCGGGCCACUACUGACAGUCUGUUUGGAUCGUUUGGAACAAACUACAUCACGAACGCAAACCCGGGAACUAUUGGUAACCGUACCAUGACUCCUCAGCAGCAGCCUCUCUACCAGCGCACGCCAAACAGCUUUGCGGACCAUCCUCCUCCAGGCAUUGCCCCAGCGCAGUCACUGUUUCAAGGCCAGGCACACAGCCGUCAGCAGUCGCGAUUUGGAUUCGGAAAUGAGGGCGCGGCUGGUAGUGCUGCAACGAUCAAGCUGGCGGCGAACCCGCGUCUCAUGGCACAGCAAUCGUCGAUGAUGCCGCAGUCGCUUCAUGCACAGAACACGCCGUACUAUGCGGCUUCCAUGCCGGGGCCUCCCCCCGGGCUGAAGUCGACGGGUACGCCUCCGGCAAUGUUCGGGCACGGGUUCGGUGCUUCGGGAUUCGGUGGCAACCCAAAGGACGCGCGGGAUUCGGGACAGUUACUGCAGGAGAUUAUUCGAAACAGAGGCAGCGCCAGCAGCCAGGCGCAUGAGGCAGGCAAGCGUGAGUACAUGUUCCCCUCUUUCCUUAGCCAGUACCCAUCGUCCGGCUCUUCAUCCCCCGUUCCUGCACCCGGCUUCUCGGCGUCGCUCUACGGUACCCCGCCUGGAGCAUUCCAAGACAUCGGGUCAAAGCAGAAGAAGAAGGGGAAGAAGCACAGACAUGCUAACACUUCCUCCUCUGGGGGGAGUGGCUUAGUGGAUCUUGCGGACCCGAGUAUCCUGCAGGCAAGACUGCCUCACCAGCAGAGCAACGCCGGAGUCGGUCAGGGACUCUUCGGGGGUCAGGCCCAAGACGACGACUUGUCGGGUUUCCACGAAGCAGUCUCAAUUGUGGACGCAUUGGUGUCUGACGAGCAGAGCUUGCCGAGCUUGCCAAACUUUAUAUCUGGCGCUCUGGACUCGCCUCUACGGACAGGCACGCCUUUGUUUCCACCUGGCUUCGGCCAUGUGCACGGAUUUCCGACGCCGACACCACCGCCUGGCCUUGGGCGGCCGAUGACGCCGGCUUCGGUUGGCACGGCCGCCAGCCAGACGGUGCUGCGGCCGGCUGUGCCGCUUAUUCCGAUCGAUUCGCCACUGGCGAAGAAGGCGGCACGUGUUGCCAGCGGAGGCAUCGUCACAAGCGGCGAGGCAAAGAAGACGGGAGGAAAGGCGGUAGAGAGUCCACUGGUCAGACAUGCCACACCGCUGGCAAGGACUGCGUCUCCGGUGCCAGUUAAGAAGGCGGUGCUACUGCAAGAGGAAGACUUCCCUGCUCUCGAUGUGCCAGCAAAGGCAGCAACAUCGACAUCGACGCACACGGUUCCAGCGGCGACGCCACGCAAGACGUCUAACAUUGUCAAGACGGCGGCAGCAGCUGCAGGGACGAAAGCAGGACCAGCCGAGACACCACAGAUGGCGACAAAGACAGCAGCCGCCGUGGCCUUGGGCGCGGGUUCGGUGGUGCCUUCUCGGGUGGCGACGCCUGUCAAUGAGAGCAAGAAGGACAGGGCAGACAAGAAAGCGGCACUGGGAGUGCUCAACAUCACGGCAGCGGUCAAAACGGUGCAGCCGAAGGCGACGACGAGUGUUGGAGUUGCAACGGCUGCUGCCGGGACGACGGAGAGCAGUCCUUCGGCAGAGAGCGUGAUGACGGCGGAUGCAUUCCCAUCGCUGCCGACACCGACAGCAUCGGUGAGUACGGCCUCGGCCUGGUCGCCGGUGGUGCGGGCAACACCCAAGACGCUGCGGGUGGUGCAGUCGGGGGCAUCUGGCAAGACGACGGCCGAGGCGUUGGCGGCGGUGAUGUCGCGGUCGUCAGCGGUGCAGGCGUUGAGCCACGGCAACAACAGCAACCGACCGGGUACGCCGGCAAGCGAGAUCAUCUCGGACAACGCGUCACUUUUGUCAGCAUCGGUGCCAGCAUCACGGGCGGGCUCACCCCCGCCGUCUCGAAUCGGGUCGGCGGCUGUACGGACGACGACAAAGAGCCAGCAGCGGAAACAACGCAAGCAGGCGACGAAGAAGGAGGCGGCGACGAUUGCGAGCCAGCCGGUGCCAGAACAGCCGGAAGAGGAGGAGAUUGCGCCGAUUAUGGGCCGCAAGAAGAAACAGAAGAAGGAGAAGCCGAGCAAGAGCGUGCCGGUGGCCUCGACGACGUCUACAGCACAGCCAAAGGACGAAAAGACGGAAAAGGCAAAAGAGGAGGAGCAGCAGAAGCAGCAGCAGGGCGAAGAAGCUGCGGCCAAGGAGGUCGCCAAGGCAAAGACAUCUGCAAAGCAGAAAGACGACAGCAAAGACAAGACAGUCGCGACACCCAAAGAGAAGUCUGCAGUCCAAAAGGGCAGGACUGCCAAGGGUAGCAGUAGCACGGCGACGACUGUGGUGGCCUCUGGUGUGUCGAAGACGGCAGCGGAAGAGAUGCUGGAGGCGGCGCUGGACGAGGCGAGCCGGAUUGCAGGCACGGAGCGAAUUCUGGCGAACAUGGGGCCGGAGAUCGAAGUCGAGGGCAGGACGCCGUUUGACGUGGUCCGAGACAUGAUUCGACACGGGAUGGUGACGCACGAGCGGGACAUUUCGGUGUUCUGGCGACAGGAUCAGCUGACGGCGCAAGGCAUGACGGCAGCGGCAGGACGGCGCGAGAAGACGAUUAUUGGCGACGCAAUGCUGCAGCCGGACGUGAUUUUCAGCGACGAAGACCGGGCGACGCUGCUGGCGGACAAUGUGGUGCGCAAGGAGAUCGACGGGGUGCGGCUGAUGGCGACACCAAACGGUGACUGCGUGCGCAACUUGACGGAGGAGGAGGAGAACCGAUAUUUGGACCUGCAGCGACGGGUAUUAAAGAUGGCCGCGACACCGAUGGCGUAUCGCCAUCCACGAUACGAGACGACGGGGGGGUUUGCAUUGAUUAGUAAGCGGGCUGUACCGUGUGGAAUGCCGGGAUAUUUUCCGGCGGCAGGUGGUAUCGGGAGCAAGGCAGCUGUGGCAGCAACUGGGGCAUUGACUGGGACAGCGAACAUGGCAGCGGCUGCCGGCCAGACCGGCCAGACCGGCCAGAUGGAUCCAGUAGCCAAGAUCCAGCGCGAGGAGGCAGUGUACUGGAUCAACCAGUACGUGCUGCCACGACUCAACGUGCUGCCCCAGAGCGAGGCGGAAUCGUGGAAGUCGAUGCUGGCCGACACGGGAAUGCCACAGUCUGUCGGCGCAGCGACAGUGGCGCCCUGGAUCUAUCACACGCCCGACAUUCGGAACAUGUUUGACCAUGCCUGCUGUGAGCACGACCACGGCCACAGACACGGCCAUGUGCAGCAUCAUCAUCACCAUCACCAUGAUCACGAUCACGUUCACGAUCACGUUCACGAUCACGUUCACGAUCACGAUCACGAUCAUGGUCACGACCACGACCACCAUGACCAUCAUGACCACCACGAGGACGACGACUAUGACGAGUACGAGGAGGACGAGGACGAAGAUGAGGAUGAGGAUGAGCUCGAGGACGAAGACGAGCUGGAACAUGCGGUGCGGCCGAUGAGCGUGGAGGAUGCCGAGGCGUCGCUGAUCCAGGCACGACGGGACGCGGCCACGCUGGGGCGCACGCUGGGAAUGCUGAUGAAGAAGAAUCGGCGGGUGCUGAUGAUGCCGCCGUAUUACGAGCAGCAGACGCGGGCUGCAGCGGGUGGAGGUGGAGGUGGUAGUGGAGCAGCCAUGGCAGCGGCAGUGUAUUGA